UACAUAUAGAGGUGAGCGCAACUCGCGAAACGAUUCAGUCCUCUCGAAACCACGCGACAAAAGACAAUUCUUGGGAUAAGCAACGAUAAUUCGCGGGUUCAUCUUCCUUUGUGCCGAUCAUACUCGCGAAUUUUUAUGAAUUUUUAACGAGUGGGGAUUUUUGAUACACGGAAAUACAACGAAAACGGACUUUGUGCAAGAUCUGUGUGCAACGUUGCAGCUACGAUUUACUCUUUGGGUAAUCUAAUUGCACCAUGGAGCAAAAUGGUAUCUCGAUAAUAUCGCCACAGGGUGUCAUUGAAAACUCUGCUGGAAAGUCCAAAAGUAUCGGCAUCACGUUCAGGUCGAACGGUGCAAUACGGUCGGCGAAGGAGAAGCUAAAGGAAUCCUGGCUAAAGAAGACGGAGGAAGAGGAAGAUAGCACAUGGGACAAGUCCAUGACUGUUCUGGGAGAAUUGAUUGGAACCUCAAUUCUGGUCUUUCUGGGGUGCAUGGCAUGCAUGGGUAGUAUGAAGCCGUAUAUUCCUGGAAUUGGACCGUCUAUGAUACAAGUUUCUUUUGCUUUUGGUCUCGCUGUUAUGAUUGCUAUACAGUGCGUCGGUCACAUCAGCGGCGCUCAUCUCAAUCCGUCUAUUACAAUCGCCGCACUAAUUCUUGGCAAGAAGUCUCUCAUAAUGGCCGGAUUUUACAUUAUUGCACAAUGUUUGGGUGCCCUGUUAGGUUACGGCUUCCUAAAGAUGAUAACGCCAUCAGAUCUUGUGCAUGGCGGUGAUCCAACGACAACCGACAAGUUUUGUGCGACGGACAUUAAUGAGGCUAUUGGGAUCGGACAUGGAAUCGCGGCUGAGGCUUUUGCUACUGGCGUACUUGUUUUUUUCGCAUGCAGUAGUUGGGACUCGCGAAACGCGAAGAAUACCGACUCGUUGGGAUUGAAAUUUGGCCUCUGCGUUGCCAUGCUGUGUCUUGCUUUCACCCCUCAUACCGGCUGCAGCAUGAAUCCUGCUAGAUCGUUCGGACCAGCAGUCUGGACUGGUUACUGGCACUACCACUGGUUAUACUGGUUGGGACCGAUUGGAGGCUCCAUUAUUGCGACUUUAAUCUAUCGAUAUUUAUUUUUUAAAAAUCAGGAAAAUACGCAAGAUGUGGAAACUUUGAAUGACAUCGAGACUUAAAUGGAAUAAUGCGUAAGUUUUUAAACGCCAAUAAAAAUAUAAUUUUGUACAGAUUACACAGGCCAACAAAA